AUGUUGAACCUCAAGACCAUCUCGGCGGGCCUCGUUGCCGGAGCCGCCUUCGCCUCGGCUCAGUGCACCAUCCCUACUACGCCCCUCUCCGACGACAUCCCCUCUCACUUCCGGAUCCAGGUCCAAAAUGCUAGCCGGCCUGAAGUGCACAACAAGUACAUGAACCUGUUCGAGGCUGGUGGUGGUGACCAGCAUUUGUUCAUCGGGCCAGUUGGCGAGCCCACAUACGACUUCACGCUGGUGGAUGGUGUCGUGUUCAACGUUCGGAAGAACAUUCGUCUCGUCAUUGGCGGAGAGUGGUCCGAAAUCGAUCACACCACCAAGCUGUUCUCGACUGCCCGUCCGGAUCCUGACGCCAUCUUCCAACCCACAUAUGCUUGCAACCCGGACACCGGCCUCCUUCAGGUCGAGCUGAGGUUCGUUCAGUGGGAGGGUGAGCCUCUUGGUGGUCACAUCUGUGUCCGCCACUCCUUCGACGGCUCUCACGAGUUCCGUUAUGACCCGCCCGGCAACACUCUCAUCGACGUCAACAGAGAGUGCAUCAAGGUAACCUUGGUCGUCCUCCCCACCCUCGACGGCCCAAGCACAACCUUUUCCACCGUGACAGCCAGCUCGACCUCGUCCUCCUCUUCCGUCGUGCCUCCUUCCUCGUCCUCGACCUCGACCUCGACCAGCACCAGCACCUCCACCGCCCCCACCUCCACCUCCACCUCCGGAGUUCUCCCCUACACCGACAUGACCUCCCUCGGUUGGCGCUACAUCGGCUGCGCCCCGGAGGAGCGCUGGACUACUGACGGCUCAUUCCGCACACUGUCCGGUGCGCUGUUGGGGUCCGACACCAUGACCAACGAGGCUUGCAUGGCCUUCUGCGGCGCCAAUGGUUGGGCGUAUGCUGGUACCGAGUGGAGGCGCGAGUGCUGGUGCGGAAACAGCUAUGCGCCGACCAGACAGCCUCUGACGACGCUUGUCAGUUUGGCCAAGUGUGAUUACAGGUGCAGUGGUGACAGCGGCCAGUUCUGCGGUGGUGAUGCUUGGUUGAGCCUGUAUGCCAAGUGCCCUACUGGUGGGCCUUGCGAGAAUGCUGUUUUCACAUAA